CCCCACUCCGCCCUCGCCGCCUGACCCGGCCCUCCAGCUUCGAGGGAUCCUUUGCCCUCCCUCGGCCGUUACCCACUCCUCCCGAGUUGAGAAAAACCCUGAUUGUAGCGAGAUAAAAAUGGGGCAGGUAGGGGUAUAGCGGAAAGGGGGAGGAGGGAGGGAGAGAGCAGGGGAUUUCUGUUUUGAGUUUGACAAUGCACAGGUGGGGGGCGGAGGCCGGCUGCGCGGGGAGCCCCGGGGUUAGGUGGGAGAGGAAGAUUUCCCCUUGCGGGUGAGUGGAAAGGAGUGCGAGUCACCCUGGAAGACGGCGCUCCUCCUAUCUCUUCCUCCCGGUCUGCUCCAUUGGGGGGGCAGGUGAGAGCCACAGAGAAAAGGAUAGAGGUGCUGCAGCAGCUUCCGGCGGUGCCUCCGGGGCCACAAGCCACGGAUUCGGCCCCCAGCUGGCUCUUAGGAAGGGGCUCCGGCCUCCAGACCCAGGCUUUCCUCUUAGGGUGUCCUCAGGCCACGCCGCUGAAGCAGCCGGAGCUCCCAGGGAAGUGGUCAGUAUGAGGGAUUCACCCAUGAGAACUCCAGGCCCCAACGUUUUUCAGACCGUGGAAGAUGCAGGUGGAAAGACGCUGUCCUGCGUGCAACGCUCGCCGUUCCCUCCCUGAAAGAUGCGCCCUGCCGGCCACCGCUCCCGCCAGGGCCCGUGCUUGGCGCUGGGCUCUCUGCUGCCUGCCACCUCGUGGACCCCAAGCAAUUUGUUAUAUAAAACAAAACAGCAACCGCACACGUGUGCCUGCAGACCUGCAGCGACGGACGCCUAGGGAGACUGGCCCAAGCGCCUUCCUCUUUUCCCAGGCACAAACUGCCUUCACCUCCAGAAGAUGGGUUCUCAGCCACGGGGCUGCGAGCACUUGCCCUUCCCCAGACUCUCUGUGUGGCCCUGGACUGCUGGGCAUUCCAACAAAGAAGGUCCACCAGCGUGCUCAGCAGCACCCAUCCCUUCGCUGCACCCCAUCUUACCCCUGCCUCAUAUAUUGUCUGCAAAAGAGGGUGGAAUUAUCAAAUAAAAGAAAAUGCAGCUUCCACCGUCUCUGUGUUUUCUUUUCCUGGACAGACCGACCCAACCCUGAAUCCCCAGGGCUGGCAGAGAGCUCCUGUGCAGAAUGGAGGUGGACCCGCAGGUGUGGGUGCGUGGGUUUGUGUGCCCAGUGCCACUCACCGGUCUCCUCAGACUCCAGCUGGCUCCUCAAGUCAGGAACCUUGGGCUUUGCAGGGCAACUGGCUGGAAGCUGGAAGCUGAGCUUCCGGCUUGGUCCCAUGCAGGAAUCAAUAAUGGGACCCAAAACUCACCUUGAUCUUGGUCAGUCUGACCUGGAUGAAGGACUUGCCCAGCUUAAUGGUGCAGAGUGUUCCGUGGGGCCUGUGCGGUUGCAGGGAGACCGAGGCCAUUGGUCGGCAAGGUCAGAGCCGUGGGCAGAGGUGGGGCGACAGCCCGAGGAGGGACAGUCGGGGAGCGUCAAGGAAUGCGGCGUGAGAGUAAACCUGCCGGCGGAGCCAGGUGUCUGGAGAGCAGAAAUGCAGCUUUGCCUGGACCAAAGACACUCUGACGGUUUAACUACUGCAACAGCUGAACCACAGCCCAGGAGGUUCAGAUUCCUGGAUACAUCAAAUAUGUACUUAAUGAAAAAUUGUGAGUUUAAGCUGAAAACGUCAAACUCUGUCCACUUGCCUUCUUCCAUGUUAUUGACAAUGAAGCGAUAG